AUUCCGGUUUCACCACUAAAUUCAUAAAGUCUCGGACGAGACGAAAAAUAUUUUUUCAGUCUUCAAAUCAUGUCUUAUAAUUCAACAAGUCCAACAAAUUACGGUUUCGAAGGUGAUCCAUUGUUAGAAGCAUACAUGAAUGCAAAGUUUAGUGAAGAAAUAAGUGAAAAAAUGAAAGUUCCAAAGCGGAUAACUGCAAAUGGAGUCGAACUUGAAAACAAUGAAAUUUUAAAUGGAAAUCAAAUGAACUCAUGGAAUUAUCAUGAAAAAAUUGACAUGACAGUGCCCGAUAGAAUUGUAGUUAUCGGGCAGGAUCAACAUUUAGUGAUAUCAGGCACCAAGAGCGCGCCUCGUGAGAUUAUGCUGGAGAACUCAAUUUUACCAAAGGAUCCCGGAAUGAUUCGAGUAUCAACACCACCAAGAGUCAUAACGUUAUCUGAACAUCAUUUUCCAUCUGCAUCCGAUGAACUAGAAGAUGAUGAAGACUCUCGAUAUUUCGAGCCAAAAAAUCUUGACUUCAAUGAAGAUUCGAAGAAAGGAAUGAAGAACAACAGAAAGAUAAACCAAAACUCACAUGAAAUGAUUCAUCAUAGGGAAGAAACACCACAAUUUGGAAGUGGUAUCGGAUCCAUUGAAAAUCUCUCAACAUCACAUGAUGAAGCGUUGCAUUUACGAAAACAAGUUGCAAAGCUAAACCGCCGUUUAUUGAAUGUUGAAAUUGAUAAUUUACAACGGACACAACGUGAGAAAAUUUUGUAUGCUCUUGGGGUGGCAUACUUUGUCCUGAAAGCGAUUUACUGGUUUAAUCGUAAAUAAACUUCUACUCGUGUUGUUUAAAUAAAAAUAGCGACGGUGAUGACGGCGAAGCUUAAAGUGAUUUCAUGCAUAAAAUUAUUUUUUUUAAUUUGCUUCUCAAAAAUUCUUUCCACACGAAGCUCGUCGGAGUUUCUCUGUUAUUUAGAUGAACUACAAAAUUAAUAGAAAUAUUCCCUAAGUGAGUUAUUUAGCAUAACUCGCAUGAACUUUUAAAUGAAGUUCAAAUCAUUAAAAGUCUUUAAUUUUAAAAAACAGCUCGAAAAUUGUUAAAACUCUAAAUAAAGCACUGAUAAGAAAUGUCACAAUUAU